CGACCCCAGCUCCACCUCCGGGACAGGUGAGCAAGCCCUGACUCUCCAACGACGAUCAGAGUUUGGAACUGAGCAGGGAAACACACUCUCCGGAGCAGGUUCAGCUCAACAACGAAGGGUAGCCUCAGAUGAUCUCAGAAAGGGGGAGAAAAUGACUAUGAUGGCUCACCAGUCCUCUUCUUGGAUCUUCAUCAAUGAGAGGACAUUCAUUACCAGGGAACAACUUAAUUCUUUAUUGAAGACCUAUAACAUCUUUUAUAGGAACCAGAAAAAUCUGCAUAUUUUAUAUGGACAGACUGACGAUGGUAAACUAAUUGUUGAAGGAAUGCUGGACAUUUUCUGGGGAGUAAAGCAGCCUAUACAACUGAAAAUACAAGAUGAGAAGCAAAUCCCUUCUUUCACUGUGCUGAAGUCACCAGAUGUCUUUUCCAAAAGGGGAAUGACACGCUGGGGAGAAUUUGAUGAUCUUUACCGUAUUAGUGAUUUGGACAGGACUCAGAUUCCAGUGUCUGGAGCAACAGAUACCCAGGAAGAUUAUUUAUCUUAUCACAGUAGCACUCUGAAGCUUCAUGCAGAUGAAGAACCUGAAUCCCCAUUGCUCUAUAGAACCAUGAGUGAAGCAGCCCUGGUGAGAAAAAGGAUGAAGCCUCCGACGAUGGACAGAAAGGACAGACAGAAGCAUAGGGCCUCUAUUAACGGACACUUUUAUAACCAUGAAACAUCAAUUUUCACUCCAGCCUUUGGAUCAGAAACUAAGGUCAGAAUAAACAGUAAUAUGAGAACUGAAGAAGUAAUAAAGCAAAUUCUCCAAAAAUUUAAGAUUGAAAAUAGUGCCCAGGAUUUUGCACUUUACAUUAUUUUUGCAACAGGAGAGCAGAGACGGCUAAAGAAAACAGACAUUCCGCUACUGCAUAGACUCCUACAGGGACCAUCCGAAAAGAAUGCUCGCAUUUUCCUCAUGGAUAAAGAUGCAGAAGAAAUUAACAGUGAUGUGGCUCAGUAUAUUAACUUUCAUUUUUCUCUCCUGGAAUCCAUCCUUCAAAGAUUAAAUGAAGAAGAGAAAAGAGAGAUUCAAAGAACAAUAACAAAAUUCAGUACAGAAAAGGCUAUCAUACUGAAAUGUCUCCGAAGUAAACAGGAAAUAGAAAAUUUAUGAUUAAAAAGUUGCCAACAAAAGAGUAGCAAGUACAUGCAAGCACAGAGUUCUACUAGAUGCAAAAAAAUUCAAAUAAAUUAUGCAAGUGAGAUGUUAACAUCACUACCGUGGUAGUUUUAAAAUAUAUGUAUGAAGUCUUUGAUACUCCUCCUCUCAAGAUAUGGAGCCUAAUCUUCCUCACCUUGCCAAUGGGCUGGACUUAGUAACUCACUUCUAAGGAACAGAGGAAAGCAGAAGUGCCAGGGUGUGGCUUUGGAGACUAGGUCAUAAAAGGCACUGUGGUGUCCUCCUUGCUUGUUCUCUUGGAUUGCUGACUCUGGGGGGAGCCAACUGCCACAUCCAGAGUAGCCCUAGGGAAAGGCCUAUAUAACAGGAACUGAGACCUUCUUCCAAAAGCCCAAAAGCCAACAAGGAACUGAGGCACCCUGUCCACAGCCCACAGCCGUGGGAGUGCGCCAUCGGCCAGCCCCAGUUAAGCCUUCAACGACUGCAGCCCUGGCAAACAGCUUGACUACAACCUCAUGAGAGACCUGAGCCAAAAAUCCCAGCUAAACCACUCCUGGAUUCCUGAUCCUCAGAAAAUGUGUGAGGUACGAAAUGUUUGUUGUAGUAUGCUGCUAUGAUUUAGGAUAAUUUGUUACAUCACAAUAGAUAACAUAUAAUUUCUGAGACAAAAAUCUGUUCACUUCAGAGUCAUCUUGACAUAAUACAAGAAUAUAAACUUUUGUCACAAAACCGUUCAUCCUUGUUUUA